AUGGUUGGAAGCAAGCGCACGAGGAGUAAAACCGCCGCGAUGGCUCAAUCUGUGACGGCCCAAAGCCACUCCACCCACGAUCCCGCGAUCAACAUGGUGGCACCACCACCUCUCGCCACCGUGCCACCUACCGGACCCGCGACCGAAUCUAGCAACCUCCGUGGCACCGCCGCCGAACAUGGUGGAACCUCCCAUCAAGGUGGGCUCGUUACCACCACCGACUUAGGCCCGGUCUUGGAGCAACUUCAAGUGUUCCCUCCAUUGCCUCCACGCUCGACACACGCUCUCGCGUACACCUCCAGUGAAACCCUAGCCCGUGUGCAAUUGGGCUCCACACGCUUCUCUCCUCCCGAUCCACAAAGUCAAGCAGAUCUCAACCUGAGAGUUGACCAGCUAGCUCAGAGAAUGGACGACCAAAACGCUCUUAUGAGGCAGCUCCUUAAUCAAAUAAGCGUGGCUCAAAAUCUUGGCCUUGGACAACCAGGCGAAGUGAGAAGAAUAGACGAACGCACCGGUGGGCAGCUCAACGGGGACCAAGCGGGUCGAGCAGGAGCGAGCAGACAAAGGGAUGCACAACCACGUGAUCAGCUUGCCGACAUGUCGCAAGCAUCUGCAAGCCACACACAAAGCAACGUGCGAGAAAGGCUCGGCCCACGACUUGACGUCCGUGCUCUCCUGGGCCCGCAAGGGAAUGUACUUCAAAGGCUAGGCUCCCAGGGAGAUCAAACUGACAAUCGCCGCAAUGAGGAUUGUGAAGAAAGGCGCUCCGCUGCCCACUCGCAGAGAAAUAUUCACGAAAGGCUAGGCCCCCAGGGAGGUCAACCCGCUAACCCUCGCAAUGAGGAUCGUGAAGAGAGGCACUCCAUUGCCCGCUCUCAGAGAACCAACUCUCGCCGUCAAGCUGCAGAAAAUCCCUCGCAAUCGCAGUCCACCAACACGCCUCCUAGGCAGCGCGGACGAGAGGACCGACCCUUGCAGACCAACGAGGAGGUCAAUCAGCGUCGCCCGAAUCACAAAAGUCGCCAACGUGAUCGACCAGCACUGCGCGUGGAAGACGUUGAGAAGCUUGUGAAUGACCGACUUCGAGACUUGAAGACUGGCGGGAACCUCGAGGAUGCACUACGUAAGGAGAUGGACCAGGCGAUCUCUACUCCUUUCACCCUUGAAAUUGAGCAGGCUGCUCCCUCGAAAUGA